UAAAUGUUUACUUCUGGAGUUAGUUGCAGUGAUGUCCAACAUGUUGUCAGGAAACCAUGUGACAGAAGGCAGGCAUUCCACACAGAGACAAAAGGAGCUAGGCUCAAUAAUGUGAGGGGAGAUGCAGAUGAGUGUGUAAGGAGCACUGUCUAAAACUGCAGAAGCUGACCUGAGAUUAAGGGGAAGACUCAGGACAGUAAGCAAAUAGCAACAGGAUUUGGACGAGGGCCACAAUGAAUGUGACAGAAGUCGAACAGGAAAAAGCAAACAUCUACAGUCAAGGAAAUGCUACUGGCAAUGGAAGCGUGGAUGCCAUGAGCAUCUUGUUCCCCUAUGAGAAAACCCUCAACAUUGUCUCCCUCCUCAUCCUCAUAAUCACCAUGAUAUCCCUUGGUUGUACGAUGGAGAUUUCCAGAAUUAAGAACCAUUUCCUCAGUCCUAAAGGUGUAAUCAUUGCAACAGUGUCCCAGUUUGGCAUCAUGCCUCUCACUGCUUUCUGUUUGGCCAAAAUCCUUCAGAUGGAUAACAUGAAGGCUGUGGCUUUGCUCAUAUGUGGCUGCUGUCCAGGGGGAACCUUAUCAAACAUUUUAACCCUGGCCAUUAAGGGGGACAUGAACCUCAGCAUUGUAUUGACCACUUGCUCCAGCUUCACGGCCAUGGCUCUGAUGCCUUUGCUGCUCUUUAUUUACUGCCGAGGCUUCCCCGGUCUGGAAAAGGCCAUCCCUUACGUUACUAUCAUCACGACCCUCUUGCUCACACUGGUGCCUUGUGGCAUCGGAAUCGCCAUAAAACACUACAAGCCAAAGUCUGCCGUAGUGGUGAAAAAAGUUGGUCUCAUCAUCCUGACUAUUUUCAUUAUAAUUCCUAUCCUGUCUUGCGCUGCCAUCAAAGAUGUGCUGUGGCUCGCCCUCACAGCAGAUACUUUGACAGCGGCUGCUCUGAUGCCACUGAUUGGCUACGUGCUGGGAUAUGUCUUGUCUCUCGUUUGCGGACUCAAUGCUCAAUGCAGGAGGACCAUCUCCAUGGAGACGGGGUGUCAAAACAUCCAGCUGUGCUUUGCCAUCCUAAAGGUGGCUUUUUCACUGAAGACCCUCGGACCCAGUUUUUUCUUUCCGCUGCUAUAUAUGGCAUUCCAAUGUAUUGAGGCUUUUCUCCUGACCCUUUGUCUCAGAUGUUACCUAAGAUUCAAGGCACCAGCUGAGGAUACAAGCUAUAACAGUGUUGACACUAAGCAUGAGGCAGUGAACCAACCAUGACGGCAUCACCAAAAAGCACUCUAUGCUGGAGAAGGAAUAGAAGAGGAGCUGAAUCGUACAGAGAUGACAGAGUUUUUUAGUGAAUUAACUGUUCAACUCAGGCCUGUGUUACUGACAGAGAUUGGUUAAGCAUGUGCAACUAAUACUCUAAUUGUUUAAUAUACUAUGUUACUUUUGACGUAGAGAGUUGAUUAAAAAUUAUAUUUUUAUUUAUAUUUUGAUUCUAAAAUGUGAAGGAAUAAUAAUUACCUAAUUUUAUG